AUGGAUGUGGCUUAUUCUAUGCAGAGAGAGGUUACUUAAGCUUAAUUAGUUGGUAGUUUUCAUAGUUAAUUAGUAUUUAAUAAUAGUUUUGAAGAGGAAGUUAGCUGGACAAGUAAAUCUACUGAGCCAGAGUUUGAUCCUAUUUCUCAAAAAUAAAAUUUUCUUUUAAAUUCUACUUAUGAUUUAUAUGGAUAUUGCAAUUUAUGGUCUUAAUAAAAAUUUUUAACUGAAGGAUGGGCUAAUCCGAUGACUAAUUAAUGGAAUGAUUUGGAUGAAGAAUAAAAAUAAUACACAAUUAAGACGUUAUUUGCUUAAUAAAUUACAAAAGUAUUCUAGGUCAAUCAGCAAGAUAAUUUAAUAAAAUCUUGUAGAUUCUAUUUUAGUAGGGAGAAAGAUGGAAUUUUUAAUAAUAUAAUCACUAAUUUUUUAUCUGUGAGUAAUAUAAUAAACAACUCUAAAUUUGGAGGACCAUUUCAAAAAUGCAUCAAAUAGCCUGACGGAAAUUAUUAGAAAUAUUCAUUUACAAAUCCAUCUCAAUUUGGAGGAUUUUAAUAUAUGACGUAGACUGGUGCAGUAUGUGGAAAUGCUACAUCUCCAUGCAGCUGCUAAUAUUAUAAUACUCCUAGACUUUUCCCUAUUGAGUGGAGAUGUAGACCUUGGUAUCUUUAGGGAAACUCAAUUUCAGAACCUUACAUAGAUUUAACUCUGCAAACUGUAUUUGCUACGCUUACUUAUAAAAUAGAAUAAUAUGAUUCUUUUACUGGAAAGAAUUCAACUUAUGCUAUUCUUGGGAUUGAUUUUGAUUUUAAGCAAAUGCAGAAUAAGUUUUACAUUGAAAAAUCUAAUUCCGAUAAUAGCUCUCAAUAAAUAGAUUAGUAUGCAUACUUAGUUGCACCAACAGUAAAAAAUUUUGAUACAGGAGUUGGUUUUUAUACAUAGCUAGUUUUAGCACAUCCAUUUUCUUCUAACAGUAAAAUAUGA